UUAAUAAGGGUUACACCCUAAUACACUAACCCAUUUUAAACUCUAUAUCACGUGACAUAGUCUAACCCAAAAUAGAAGACAGACUCGCUAAACCGCAAUGCGGGCGCCAAACCUCCAAUCUUGAGGGCACACAGUGCGGCUUUAGUUUAGAUCUUCUUUUCGGAAUCAACGCAGCAGCCAGCACCGUCGACAACCCGGAUUUUCUCACCCAGCAACCUCUUCCUAAAUCCACAGUCUGCAUCUCAGUCAAGAUGUCGCACGAGUCCGUCUGGUACAGUCGCCCACGCACAUACGGCAAGGGCAGCCGUCAAUGCCGUGUCUGCGCUCACAAGGCCGGUCUUAUCCGCAAGUACGGUCUCUUGGUUUGCCGUCAGUGCUUCCGUGAGAAGUCCACAGACAUUGGCUUCGUCAAGUACCGAUAAAUGCACCAAACCCAUGUCCGAUCAAGGCCCUGCGUCCACGCUCUUCCAUCAGUCAAUGCCAUCAAUGAUUUGAAUUAGGGACUAUGUCUCCCGACGGUAUCAUACGGUUGUUUUAUUCAACCCGCUACACGAAAGAAUGAAAGAGUGCUUGAAUCCUGCAGGCUGGUGAAGAAAGAUGAAUAAACUCGGUGGAUGGUGUUAUUAUUUUUAUUUGUCCUAUUUGUCCUCUUCGGUGUCAUGAAAAGUUACGCAUCUUCAUGGAUUGGGAUAUUAUGGUUUUUUC